AAAACGGAUGUGCGCAAACGCAAAACAAUCAAAAUAAUCGCCAUUUUCAUGGAAUCAAACCAGAUGCAGUUUCAAAAUUUAGGAUGACAACUUUCUCUGAUCAUUUUUGGGGAGAAAAGAACAAUGGCUUCUAUGUGCUGUAUCAUAAUAUGAAACAUGGCCAGACGGCUUCUAAAGACUUCAUAGACUUUCUGAGAGAAAGUUGCACUGUAGAAGAAACUUACAGCAAACUAUUAAGCAAGCUAGCCAGAACUGCUACUAAUAGUAGUCACACAGGGACAUUUGCACCUUUUUGGAAUGUGUUGAAAAGUUUAACAGAGAAGUUAGCUAGCCUGCAUAUGCAGUUAGUUCUCACAUGGAACGACCUGAUUAAGGAUGUAGCUAGAUACAAUGAUGAACAACAUAAACGUCACAAAGCAAUAAAAGAUGGUGAAUCCAGUACAUUGGAACAAGUUACAGCUAUACAAAACAACACAACAGCACUUCACAAGGCAAAAGAGUUGUAUCAUGCCAGAUGUUUAGAGCUGGAGAGACUUAAAAGAGAUAAUGCUCCUCAAAAAGAUGUAGAAAAGUCUGAAGUAAAGUACAAGAAAGCAAGUGAUGAUUACAAGUCUCUCCUGGAAAAAUAUGAAACUAUUAGAAAUAAUUUUGAAAAUAAGAUGAUGGAUUCAUGUAAACAUUUCCAAGAGGUAGAAGAGGAACAUAUAUGUCAAAUGAAAGACUUUAUUGAUACCUAUGCAAAAGCUUGGGAGAAUGAACAUGCAUUGAGAGGCCAGGUUCACAAUGAAUUUAAAACAACAUGUGAUGAGUUAACUGUACAGAAAUUACUAGAUUCAUUUAUAACGUCAAAACAAACAGGAAAAAUUAAACCAGGUCCAUUGGAAUUUAUGGAACCGGAUUUGUCCAGUUUACCUGCACCAAGGCCAAUGUCACCAGAACCGACGGAGGCUAAGAGAGAAAGUUUAACAGAGAAGACCAGACCAGAUAUGAUAUUAAACCUGGACUCGACAGGGAGUCCUGUUCCAACUGACCAGCCUGGUCCUCUAAGUAGAAGUGUAAAGUUACGAGUUUCCAAAACAUGGUUCCUAAAGAAAAACAGAAAGAAAGAGAAGAAGAAGAAAAAGAAGGAGAAAGAUGACAAAGGCAACGAUGAUAAGGCAGACACAGAAUCGGUAGAUACUCUUGAAGGGGAUGAUGGUUUGGUUGAUGAAGAGGGUUUCAGAAUCAGGCCAGAUAAUCCAUUAGAAAAUAAUGGAGAUAAAAAUAGCUGGAAUUCUAGUGAUUCUGAUUCCGAUUCAGAUGAUGAGAGUAAACGUAAGAUAAAAGUAGAAAUCCGACCGUUAAGUCCUAAUGGUCCACUACAGGCUGGCACUGUGGAUGAGAUCAAAGAGAAAAUGGUUGGAUUAAGGCUCUCACCUACAGCUGUGAGGAAGAGAGCUCAGACACCUGUAGACAAGAAAAUGAAAAGAUCCCAGUCAGAAUCAGAUACCUUGGGAGAAUCCCGUCCAAGCCAAAACCUGGACCUUUUAAACUUAGACUUUUUUAGUUCCUCUACUUCGUCAACCCCUAUAGGAGGUGGAUUUAACCUCCCGUCACCAUUGUCUCCUAUGGCAGACAUAUCUAAUAGUCUUUCUAGUACUCCGGCUAAUAGUAUAUCUAGUACUCCGGCUUCAAUUUCUACUACUCCUGCUUCUAAUCCAAAUUCAUCUGAUAUAUUAAAUGGUAGUAUUAGUCCGUCAACUAGUCUUCAAUCCAAACCUGAUAAACCUGAUUCAUCAGCCUCCAGUCAACUUACCUCCUCAUUGAAUGGUAGUUUUAAUUUACCAAUGCCACCUCAACGACCUCCCUCACGGACAUCAGCAAUAGCUCCACAGGUUCCAGCUCGGGUAACAGCUGCAGGAAGAACUAGUCCAGCAUUCAUGUCACGGUCAGAGAGUAGUAGCAGUGUAACAUUCAGUACCACAUCCAUGCCCAUCGGUGCAUCCCGAGGACCUAGUCCAUUAACUAUAGGAAUGUCUGAUACAGUGCCACUCGCUAUAGCUUUCACAGAAACUAUUAAUUCACUCUUCAGAGGAACAGAUGCUACAAAAUGUAUGGUGAAGAUAACAGGGAAUGUUAUGAUGUCAUUUCCUGCUGGUGUUGUACGAGUCUUCACAGAAAAUCCAUCACCCGCACUCUUAAGUUUUAGAAUCAAAAGCACAGACCGAUUAGAACAAGUACUACUCAAUCAGCAACUCGUUAUUCAAGAUGUUGACCAAAGUUCAUCAGAUAGUCUUUCAUACCAUUUUGACAUGGCUGCUUUAUGUGGACAUCUAAAAACCCAAGGAGAAGAAAAUAAAACUGCCUCAUAUUUUAAUAUUGAUAUUCUAAAGUACCAGGCUAAAGCAUUGUCUGGUGUAGGGAGUUGUCCAUUACCAUUGGUUGUGUACUGGAAGUGUGAACCUACUCAUACAGAUGUACGAUUAGAUUAUAAAUUUAAUCCUUUACCAAUGUCAAACCCUUCAACGUUAAAAAAUAUAUCAUUGAUGAUUCCAGUGAGUGGAGAAGUUACUAGUAUGAAAAGUACACCUGAGGGGGUGUGGAAUGAAGAAAGCCAAAGAGGAAUGUGGAAACUGAACGAUAUAUCAGAAGUUAGUGAAGAAGCUAGAGAAGGUUGUGUUAGAGCUAAAUUCCACUUAAAAUCAGGUCCAAGUAAACCUGCCACGGCCGCAGUACAAUUUAUAUGUGAAGGAGCAUCGUUAUCGGGAAUAGACUUUGAAUUAAUAGGGUCUGGAUAUAGGAUAUCACUUGCAAAGAAAAGAUUUGGAGCAGGCAAAUACUUAGCAGACCCCGAUGAUUCCUAGCCCUGUGUGUUCACUGUUCACGUCUCAGGACCAUGAUGCAACAUUCCAUUCAUGAGGCAUUAGGUACAGUGGCAUGUAUGUCAACACACGAGGAUAAUAGACCCAAUGUGGUGCUACAUGUACCCUGUGGCAGAUAUAAUGUGAUCCAUGCAAAAGCAUGUUCAUAAAGUGAUAUAAAAACUGCAUUUAGUACUUAAUCUAAAUUGUCAUUAUUAAUCAAUAUUAAAUGUUUAUUUGGAUACAAAAAUCAGUGAACCAAAAUGGUUGUUUAUGCAGAAAAUAAAACAUUUUAUUCAAUUGUAUAUAUCAGGAUUUGGUCAGCUUUUAACAAGUUUGCUGUGUUAAGAUUCAGACAUAAUAAAAUGAGUUUAUGAAUUGUAAUUGACAAAUUUUGACACUUUUUAUUUUAUUUAAGGGCAUAUUUCAUCUAUUUAUAGCAAUAACCUGCUCGAUAAAUUUAAUUUCUUGGGGUUUUUUUCUCUCAAAAAGACAGAUAAUUUGAAAUAAAUUGAAAAAUAAAGACUGAUAGUCAGAUGAAUGUUUGACAUUUUGUGUGUCUAUAACUGGAAUUAAACUGAUAUCCUUAUAAAAAUUUCUACUUUAAAAUAUACUUUUUUUUGGAUGUGCUGCUAACUCAAAUAAUGAAAGGAUAAUUUUUGAUUACACAGUGGUUACAAUACAUAUCAUGCUAUAAAAUACAGUUUUAAGUCACGUUAAAUGUAAAAUUAUUGAAUAAAAUUGUGGGAUAUAAAAAUAUAAAUUAUGGGGAAAUGUAAUUUUUGUUUUAGUGAUUGUCUUUUAAGAGUGCUGUCAUAUUUUACUAUCACUGUCUUGUGUUCUUAUUUGUCUGUAAAAGUGCUCAAACAUUUUAUUUUAACAAACGAAUCAUUCUUUAUUGAUUAAGUUAGAUAUUUAUGUUCAUUAUUUAUGGAAAUUCAUCAUUUAAAAUCGUUUCAAACACAGCACCCUUCUUUCUAUAUCAGUACUACAGCAGUUCAGUCUCAGUUGGAGACGAAGGUCAUGUGGAAAUGUUUAUGAAGAAAAGAAAGAGGUGUUUCACUCCAAAGAUAAGUAAAUAAGUAAAUCCAGUUUCCCUUUAUUCAGUAUUUCUUAAUGUAUUAUUAUAAUGUUCUUCCUUGCUGUUUCAUUGCCUCAACAUUUGAUGUUAGUUAAAAGUCUUGGUUUUGUUAUACUCCUUUGGAAUAAGACUAACAGUUAUUGUAUAAGUAAUAAGGCUCGUUUUGAUUAAGGGUCCAGUAGGCUAGAUUUGUUUUUUUUUAAGUCUUCUUUUGAAUUUAUAAAUCCUAAUGUAUUUAUAUCUUGACUAACUCUUGACUUGGAGUGAUCUUUAUGAAGGCUCAACUUUGUGUAUUUCAUUUUGGUACUAUAGAUUUUGCCCUCAUAUUAAUUCACUACAUCAAAUACAUCUUUUAAAUAUCUGUAAUACAAUACAUUUGUCAGUGCCAAAUUUUCUGCAAUUUACAUGUAUUUACAAUUUUAAAAUUAGACAAAGUUGAGGAGUUAUACUUAAAAACACAUAAGGGUAUUAUUACAAAAUUAAAUGCGGCAAAAUAGUCAAUUCUGACCUUGAACCCUGUUUUUCAACAAUUUAGGCAGUAAAAAUGUAAUAGAUUAGCAGAUAACCUUUACAUUGUCAAAUCAAGACCUUAGGGAAUUUGACAGGCAACCUUGUGACCUGACAUCUCAUUUUAAAAGACCUGGUACAUUUAAAAAAGUUUAAAACUGAGAAUCAGACCAGUUUUCAACUAUUUAGUUUGCUUUCAAGUGACAUUAUGACUUUAGAUAUUUUUUUAAUUUUUGACUUUAUGACCUCAAGGGGUACCUUACUUGAGCCUCAAAUAUAAUCUGCCAAUAAGAUGUUUUAUUGUUAUGUUAUUUUAUUUGUUGAUUGUUAAUGUAAUAAUUUUUAUGUUUUUUAAAUUUACAUGAAGUUCUCUCUUUAGUGUACAUUGAAAUUCAUAUUUUUGCAAAAUGUCGGAGAUUUAGAAAUUUUAAACAGUAUAUGUAUCAUAUUAAUUUGUUAUAUUUAGUGCAAUAUUGUUAUCAUCAAAUGUAUUUAUUUAUUUGAACAUGUACGCGAUUCAGUCUGUAAAUUUUUAUUGCAUUACCUCCCUUCCUUAUUACAUAUAAUGUAGAAUUAUUUUAUGGACCUUGACCAUAUUCAUAGAUUUUUACCUUUUGCUGAUUUUGAUCAAACAAUUUGAAAGAUUCAAAUAUUCCAAAUAUAUAAUUUUUCUUGAAGGUUUUUGUUUUGUGUUUUUAUUACAUGUAUUCAUUUAUUUUUUCAACAUUAUUAAUAAUUAUUAAGAGAAUAUGUACUUUUCAAUUAUUUAUGGAAAAUGAUACAUUGAUCAUUAAUUGUCUUGUGCAAUUUUUCUUCAAUUUAACAUGCAGCACUUUUUGGGCAUUGCCACCCACAAAGAAAUAAGUUAUUCUCAAUAAGCAGUGUGACAAUAUCAUGAUAACUAUCUCUUAGCAAAUUCUGCUGCAAGUGCUUCGGUUAGGUUUGCUGCUAGCAAAGAAAAUAUAUAAAACAUUUACAAAGCUCAAUUUAAAGUAUUAUGUGAAAACAAUACAAAUUGCAAAUAUUUUUUGUUCGUCCAUCUUUUUCCCCCAUUCAUACAAAUUAUGUCUAUAUUAGACUCGAGGUCCAGAAUCUGUUUUAUUGGACCACUUACUAAUUAUUUUGUGAUUGUUUGAGUUAGUUUUAAAUAUAAUAUAUAAUGAUUUUGAUAUAAAAGCAAGAUCUUGCAUUCUCUAUUUUAAUAGAUAUUAAAGCACAAGUUAACACGCAUUAUAAAGUACAAUGACAAUAAAAAAUAACUUUGUUUAAGGUUUUUUUAUUAUAAUUUUGAUAUAUAGUUUCUACCACUGCAUUGGGUACUUGGGUCAGAUAAGUUAUAACAUUUAGAACUUGAGGCCUGCAAAAUGAUAUGAAUAUUUAAGAUUCAACGUCGAGAUAUGGGGAAAUAUAGUACUACUGGAGAUAGACUUUUAAAUUCUGUUUCUCAGAGGAAGGUAUAUAGGCAAAGGUUUAGUCUUCUUGUUCUGCAAAAAGACAAAACAAUUUCUCUGUGAUAAUACAGACUUGGUCCCCUUUAUUGUGACUUCUUUAUUCAGAACCAGGAGAAAAGCAAGGCCAUUUAAUGUGAUUUCAAAAUAAUAUAUAAAACACUAAAUUUUAUAUCUUUUGGAGUAAAAUUUUUGUAAAAUACAAAAUUUUUACAGGAAUGACUAAAAGCCAAUGACUAUAUCAUCUUUAUGUCUCAUUACUGAAGUUUUUAAAAUUUUACUACAAUAUAUGAUACAUUUUACUGAGAUUAUGAACAUUUUUAUUAUAUUUAUUGGACAGAUAGUCGACACAAAUUAAUAACAAUUAAAGUGUUAUUUAUUACUGGCAUACAACUAAUUUGUAAAAUUAAUAUCUCAUUAUUUUCCCCCAAAUUUCAUAUAAGAUUAUGUUUUUGUAUAUUUGAUGAUUAACCAAAAUGCAUUUAAAAUGGGCGAUGACAUUAAUCAGGAAACACUUGUUAUAUCAAUUCACAUGUUGAUUGAUUUUACAGAAAUCAUUGUAUUUUUCCCACCUUUUUUUGUCAGUCAUUAUACAUUACUUCCCUUGUGAUUAUUAUCGAUUACACAUUAAAUGCAAAUAAAGAAACAUAAUUAUAAAAAUUUGAAAUAAUCACAAAUAAAAAAUAAUAUACAC